AUGCUGUCUCUACUCUGCGGAUCCCCAGACGUCGUCGACUCUCCAUUUUACGAUACACACUCACGCCGGGCCUCGCGCGGUACUAUCACGCGACUUGGCCGUGCACGCUCUGACUCUAGCAAGUCCAAGAAGAGGAUCCUCAAAGGCAGCAUUGGAGCUCCCACUGGCUUCAGGCAUGAGGGACAUAUGGGCUCGGACAAUAUGAUGGCUCCCACCGGCUCGUGGGACCUUGACCAGUGGAAGACAGAGCUCGAGAAGCACAUGCAGGUCCAGCCGACAGUCUCUCCCUCGACGUCAGCACCUACCUCCACAGCUGUUUCUCCAGCCAGCAGCAUCAUAACGCCACGCCGAAAACCAGUUCCUUCAUUGCUCCCUCCACCUCGUGAGAUGUCAGCAUCGGCGAUAUCAUCGGCCGCUUCCUCGCCAACACGCACAGGUCCCAUUCCUGAAUCUGAAAACGAGGAUCGCCAGGCGGCUGUGGCCCUAUAA